AUGUUCAGAUUCGACACGGAACACGUCGACUUCGAGGAAUGGCUGCUCAUAGGUUCAUACGCUGGGGAUAUGGGGGACCAUGCUCCGAUCCACUUCGACAUGGGGGAGACCCUGACGAUCCACUUCUCGGGCCUCAAUGGUGGUGAUUUCAGCUUGAGCGUGCCCGAUGGCAUCUUGGGGAGCGAACUGCUCCAAGCCGUACGUUUGCGCGUCCCCAGGAAGCCAGGGGCCAAUGUUUUUUUGUUCUUCGAAAAUACCAAGCUCUCAAUGACCAAGACGCUGAAGGAACAAGGCCUACAGCAGUGCCCAUCACUGUGCUACGUGUACAUGCGACGCAAUGCGUUGGAGGCAUGGAAGAGGUUGCGACGACCUGCUCUUUCUGGUACCUCCCGUGAUGUCUUUGAUGGAAUGUCGGAAUUGGCCUUGGAAGAGACCGGUUCCCACCACGGUGCUUGGGAGCUCCCAAGUAGCCUGCAGAGCUUGACGAUCGGGGAGAACGUCCAUGAAAACAUGCGCAUGGAGGGAGUGGAGCUGCCCGACACGCUGGAAAGCUUGACCUUUCAGGGUUUCUUCAAUCGAAACCUGGAGCAAGUGAAUCUCCCGAACGGCUUGAAGAGCUUAACUUUUGGGUGGCUCUUCAACCAAAGUCUCGAGGGAAGCAUCCUGCCAAGCAGCCUUCUCUCCCUGACCUUCGGCGGAUUCUUCAACAUGAGCUUGGAAAGGGUCAGCUUGCCCUGUGGCCUCCGGAGCUUGACCUUUGGUGAAGCUUUCAAUCAGAGUUUGGAGCACACGGAUCUUCCAAAGGGCUUGGAGACUCUGAUUUUUGGGCGCAGCUUCAACCAGAGUAUGGAGAAAGUCCAUCUCCCAAGUGGCCUCCAGAACUUGCACUUCGGAUUUGACUUUGACCAGAGCUUGGAGAACGUAUCCUUGCCGAGCACCUUGAAAAGCCUCGUUUUUGGAAGUCGCUUCAAUCAGAACUUGGACUCCGUGCAUUUGCCCCACUCCCUGGAGUCUUUGGCGUUUGGGUGGCAGUUCAAUCAGCCUUUGGAUCACGUGAAGCUGCCCAUCAACCUUCGUGACCUGACCUUCGGCGAGAACUUUAAUCAGAGCUUGGACGCUGUCCAUCUUCCAACUGGCUUGCACAGCCUUACUUUUGGCGAACACUUCGACCAAUGCAUGGAGAAGGUCCAUCUGCCGGACCUGCACAGUUUGACCUUUGGACGUGACUUCAAUCAGAGUCUCUUGGGCGUACAUCUUCCAAAUGCCUUGCAAACUCUGAUCUUUGGAAAGAACUUCAAUCAGAGCCUUGAGCACGUGAGUUUGCCGCAUCAUCUUCAAGAGUUGGUCUUCGGCUUUGACUUCAACCAGAGCCUUGAAAACGUGAAGCUUCCCAGCACCCUGUUGACGUUGGCCUUCGGCAAGUCGUUCAAUCACACCCUUGAAUUUGUCGACCUCCCCGCCAACCUGCAGAGCUUGAGCUUUCAAAGCUUCUCGCGCCACAUCUUCGAGCGUGUGAAUCUGCCCAGCAGCGUGCAAUCCUUGAGCUUCGGGCGCUUUUGGACUCACAGCCACGGGCUGGUGCGCUUGCCCAGCGUACCACAGAACCUCACCUUUUGUGAAGCCUUCAAUGCCAGCCUGGAUCUGUUGACGUUGCCCCAUGGGUUGCGCACUUUGACCUUCGGAGACUAUUUCAACCAGAGCUUGGAGAAGGUGAUUCUUCCCAGCAGCCUUCAAUCCUUGACCUUCGGCAAGAGCUUCAAUCAGAGCUUGGAGAAAGUGAAGCUCCCCGCGAACCUGCGGAGCCUGACCUUUGGGAAGAGCUUCAACCAAAGAUUGGAUAACGUUGAGUUUCCAAGCAGCUUGCAGAACCUCUGUUUCGGAUUCGACUUCGACCAGAGCUUGGAACGUGUGAAUCUUCCACGAAGCUUGCAAAGCCUGUCCUUUGGAAGCCGCUUCAGCCAGAACUUGGACCACCUGGAGAAUGCCAAUCUGCCCGAGUUGCUCUACCUGGACUGUGGCGGAAUCAUGGUGAGCUUCCUGUGA